AUGGAGGUGACAACGACAUCGGACAACGACGUACUUGCACGAGUGGAGGAUAAAAGGCGCGACGCAAACGGGGACGAAGACACUGAUGUAUCGGACGUGGUUGAGAGUGAGACGUCAGUGGAAAUCGAUGAAGGGAGUGAGUCGGGCGUAAAGGAGAGUGGAGCUACUGAGAAUGCGCACAAGAUAGUGGAAGAGAAAGAAGAAACGACAAACCCGCUUGUCAAGAGCUCUUUGCCCUCCAACAAAUCCUUUGACCGUCAAGUGAAGGCAUUGAUUACAAGCUCGGAAGCGUACAUCUACUUCGAUCAGUGGAAAAGCAAACUAAACGACAGGAGCACAGUUACGCGGCUACGUCUAGCAUUCGAGCAACUGCUACCAAGACUUAUGGGAGCGCGGGACUACGCAGGUGCAGCAAAAGUUCUGGGGGUGAUAUAUCAUAGGUUCGUCGUGACCCCAGGAUUAUGUAUUGAGGCUAGCCUUGAGAUCUUACGCCGGCAAGAAGACUACCGCAGUGCUCUGUUGAGUUUCUACGAGGCAGCUGCAGAGGUCCAGCAUGUUGACAAAAUGUCAAUUUUAAAGGAAAAGUGGCUUUUUCACAUUGCUCACGGAGAGUUUUAUGAGGCCUAUCAUAUGUACCGAGAUACCAUCGAGCCGAUCGAGGAAGCUACAGACGAUGCAAGGUUGCUCGCCAAUUUUGGAAUUUUAUGCUACUGGCUUAUCUUUGUUGAGUCCAAAACACUGCGCGACCGGUUUGUCCGGGAACACACGGACUACGAUGACGAAGAGGAUGAUCAUUUGGACGCUGCAGACAAUACGAAUUGUGGCGCGAGCGGCGGUGUCGAAUCCGUGAUCGAGUCCAAUUACUGCUUCAAAACACCCAUUGGGGUCCACGUUUUGUAUCAGCACGCCAGUAAUGCACUGAGACGUGCCGUAGCGCUAAGUCCGAAUUCGGCAAUGUUUGUGGAGUACUAUGUGCAGCUUCUUGUGCUCGUGGGCGAUAUCCAGCCAGCAUGUGACUAUCUUGAGGCUUUCUUCCACAUGAACCCGGAUGACCCUCAUGGAUCGAGAAUGCUUGCACAGUUUCUGGAGCACUAUUAUCCGGAUUCGGUGGAUGCUCAGGUUGCUGCGUUCGCCAGGUGGAUGAAAAAUGACCCUUCAUGUAGCUACCCACUGGAAAAAGUGCUGGAACUCUCCAGCGCUGGCGUCGUGUCAUCUGUUACGCUGACAAGAGUCUUAGUUGAAGCGCUUGACACGUGUGGCAGUGAUUUGUACGUGGAACAAAGCCCAGACAUGGCAUUGACGUUGUGGAGAAAUCUGGCAGAAUUGCUUGCCGCGAUGGAUGAGGACGUGUUUCUGAUGGAUCAAAUCGAAGGGGGAGCCACCGAUCCGUCAAGCCGACAAACGAUUGCAGAUGUGGGAGCGCAGCGUGCUUGGUGGAAACGGGUCUUUUUUGUUAGGCCGAGCACGUAUGAUGAGGCGGUAGCCGUCGCAAAACGCGACAGCAAUUUCAUGCAGGUGUCCAUUUAUCGAGCUGUCGUGUCGGACCACCUUUUUCCCGGUCAGCUUCCUCUGACAGAAGCUCUGCGCUUGGUGAUGGCCUCACCAGGUGUAAUUUCUUGUCAAGAUCACGUUCGCUUGUUUAAAAGCUUUUUCCCCUCUGUUUCGAGCACGAAGGUCACCAACGCAGCGUAUACACCGUUUUCGGACAUGUCAUUUAUGCACGUCACUGACGAUUGCAAGCAAAGAGUGUUACCCGUGUACAAGGGAAGCUCAACUACUGUGCGCGUGAUCGACCGUGAGUCGAUUGUGGAAAGAGAGGCAGCUAGCGAACAAGCCAAGGUGGCGGUGACGCGAACGGGAAAAGCAAAGGAAGUGGACGAGCAAUUUGUAGAGGAGCUUUACGAGGCAUUGGAGUCUGAAGUUGUUCUUUCGGGAUCAAGCGACCAGCUAUCCCGAAGAAAGCGCAAAGCUGAUGCAGCUUUUGCAACUUCAGCACUGAUUCCGGGUUUCGUCCGAAUGGUUGAAGAAGAAGUCUAUAACGACCCGAAAGCCGCUGUGCGGCACAUUUACUCGGCGAUAUACCAAAAGCUGCGUCGCUCCGAUAUGCUCGUACCGACGUCAAAAGUGGUGGCGCGCUGUGCGAACUUCUUUCGAAACCGAUUGAAGAAAAACAUAGAGGCGUACGGUCACAGCGGGAUGAUGAUCCGACACGAGGAAUUCAUUGCUAUGUAUCUGCAUCGUCAGAGAACAAAGGGUAUCUACGAAGUGACGACAGACGCCGCUAAAGCAGCUGUCGAGGAGAUGAAACGUGUUUUGCCUAGUACACAUCCACACUUUCCGAAUGAGGAUCUUGUAGAAGAGACGAUGCGCAGGAAAACAGCAAUGUUUGCCCGCCAGCGAAGACUUGGGCUAAUGCAUCUCAAGCAAACGCUGAAGCCUGUGCUACAAGAGAUCGUGUAUGUUGUCGAGAAGGUCUUCGUCGAUGCGGUCCACUCGGUUUGUGUCCGAAACGGGUUGUCAGGUGUGAUCACUCGCCUUGACAUUGCCCGAACAGUGCAAAACAUUCUGCCAAUGCACUAUCACAGAGUGGUUCAGAGGAUGCCGGUUCGCUUUACUCAAAAGCUUUUCUCGCCCACGUUUAGGAAGAACUGCAACACGCUCGAAGCCAUCCUCCAGAAGCUCAAAAGAGAAGGAUGUUCGCGAACGGCAGAAGAAGUACAAGUGCUUUUUUGGGUGGAGAGGCACGAAGCCUUGCAUGGUCCCAUCGAUGACAUCGAGGAAGAUACUGCUGAAGGAGAGCGCAAAGACGACACGAGCAGUAGCGACAGUAGCACCAAUAGCGAAAGCGGCGGCGAAAGCGUUUGUGAAAAUGACAACAGUGAGGACUCGGCUGAGGAUGACGGCGCUGAUGCCGACAGCGGUGGUGACUUUGACGAGCACAGCAAGGAUGGCAGCGAUAGAAGUGACUGGGAUGAGACACGUUAG